CUUCGCGCGUAAACCGCAUCCCUUCAUUCAUUGUCAGCUUCCUGGAGCCAUUUUUCUGCCGCGGCGGGGAGGUCGAAGCCGGGGCCCAACUACUCUUAGCCGCACAAUCCGCCUCCAUCUGCCUCCCCCGGCCCUCGAUACCCCCCCGGGGACCCGCUCCAUGCAAGCCGGGGGUCUGCUCUAGCUCCAUCCCCCACUAUUUCCCCUCCGGGAGGCCGGGGCCGUGCGGAUUACAGGGCUCGGCGGGAGGCUCGGAGCGGCCCGGGGCAGGAGCGGCACGGCGGGCGGGCAGGCGGCAGGGGCAGCACCGCGAGCAGCAGACAUGAGGAAGGCGAUCCCGGCCGGGCACGACACGCUGCUGCUGUCCGGGCUGGCGGGGUCGGAGCGGGGCUCCGGGCUCCCGGGGGGGCUGGUGGCCGGGGGGGGCGGCGGGUACCUGCAGAUCCUCUCCUCCCCCGGCUCCCUGCACCACCACUCCCAGCCAGCACUGUGCGCCGCCGAGCCCCAGCACCCGGCCGCCAGCUACAUCUACUCCACCCCGCAUGGACCCGCCGGGAGAGCCGGCCUGCUGCAGCCCAGCCUGGGGCGCCCUCCGGUAAUAGCACGCUGCUACCUCCACCCCCCACCACAACUCCCAUCACUACUCCCACUAACCCAGCCCUCACUGCACCCCCCCACCAUGGGCAUCCCCGGUACAGACUGGGCCAGGGCUCCAUGCAGAGUCAGUAACAGGCAGCAGCCUGCAUGUGUCAUGUCUGACAUGGGCACUGUAUGACUGUGUGCAUUAAUACCCUAUACCCACUGCACCCAUUAGCUGGGCUACAACUACAACCCACACUCAGCUCAGCCAGCCUGAACAGCUCUAGUUUUGCCCUCCAUUACCCUCAUCUGAAUGGUGGGACUGCUACCAGCUAGUGGACUAGCUUUCCCAUGAUGCUUAGCUCUCACAUUGGUUGGCUGAGUGUCAUUGGAAGUAUGGUCCUGAGCAGCUGGAAGGCCACAAAUGAUGAAAUCUCAUGGUUUUGAUAAAGCAAUCGUGUUAUGUAUCAGUACAUUUAUUUUAUUUCAUCAUGGAAUGUUUGCAUUAUGAUCCAUUAGGGUGGGAGUCUUCUGAAAGCAGGUGCCUUUAUGGUUUUUGGGAAUAUUCCUUAGUAAAAGGGGUGCUGUUGGCUAUCAGAUUGUUUGUGAUAUAUAUCUUAAUAUAUUUUAAUUUUUUUUAGUGCUCUAUGUCCCGGAUAGUAAAGGGGUGAAAGGUCACCUGAGUUUUUGCAUCUGUCACAAUGGGGGAAGGGGUUGGGUGUAUAUAGCAGUGCCAGUGUAAGUAACCAGUUGCUCUCCCUUGGGUUGGGAGGGGCUGAUCCAGUUUUCAAGCAAUUAGGUCUACACCCCAGUGUUCAAUUGUAAUACAUAUUGUGUAGGGGGUUUACAAUGCUAAUCCCUUUUCAUUGCUAUUCCGUUGUUAACUCUUUAGCAUUUGCAGGAGUACACUGCUCCCAAGCAUGAUGGUAUUGUAGUCUCUUCAGUUAAACUGAGUAGCAGUCUUGUCUCUCCUCCAUGUUUCACAAUGUGUGGGACUCCUGGUCUCUGAGGUCUCCCUUCCCCCAUCCAGUUGCCUUGUGGCAGGCUAGAUUUCCAGUGCUGAGGCCUACUCAUGAAAAUGGGGUAAAUAAAUGCUCUUGGAUGUGGAUUUCUUGCCAAGAUGUGCUGUUGUGGAAAAAAUUAGGAUGGUGUAAUCACAUCAUUGUAUCACAGGCCUAAAAUUGCAUUGCUUCUGACCUGGACCGUGGUGUUGUUUUUUUUUUGCAUGUUAUUUGGUACACAAUGUUACUCAAAAUGUAAGUGUAGUACUGUAUUACAUUCCCUUCUGUGCAACUCAACCUUUGAAACAUAGGUCCAUGGUUAACUUGGGUGGUCUUCAACAAAAGACCAUCAAAUACUGCCAUUAAAAUGGCACUGUUAAUUACAACUAUUACCUACUAUAAACAUCGUAAAUUCAAAUUUUUUUUUUUUUAUAACUGAUGCUUCCAACAUAUAUCGACUAUGUGCACAGCGUGUUGUGCUUCAUCUUGUACUAAUUAGUGGACUGACUCAUAGGUGGUUUUUUUUGUUUUUUUUUAUAUAUGGCCUUUUUUGUUGAAUUCUGAUCUUAAUCUGUUUGGCCAACUAUUUUUUACUUUUCAGUUUCCUGUGAAUAAUUAUAAAACUUUGUGGAAAAAGAAACACUUUUCCAUAAGAGAAGAUCUCAUUAAAGGACCACUAUAGGCACCCAGACUACUUCAGAUUAAAGGGACACGUAGGCACUGUAUCUGCUUCAUCUCAUUAAACUGGUUAUAGUGUCUGGAGCCCUCUGGUCCCAUCAUUUAUAUCCGCAUUAAACAGUUCUCAAAGUUUUAAUGCUAAACAAGAGUCCCCGGCAAUCCAUCCCCUCUGUGCUGCUUUGGCUAAUAAGGAAGUAUUAGCCUGAGCAGCAAUAGGCAGCUGUGAUUGGCUGAGAGUGUCAGCAGACUGCUUUUAGCCUCUCAGAGUUCCAACUGACGGUAUGAAUGGGCAUGACAACAAGGAAGUGUGUAAUCUCUGCCUUAGCCACACAUACUGAAGGGGCCGGACUGUGGGUGGCCAGGGACUCUUAUUUUGUGGCAUACUGCACGAACAUGGUUCAACACUGAAUGGAGGGACAAUGGCAGGGCACUUCAGGCACUAUAACCAAUUCACAGAGAUGAAAUGCUUAUAGUGACUACAGUGUUCCUUUAAUGAAGUAGUCUGGGUGCCUGGUCCAGCUAGGGUUAACUUUAAAAAAAAAAAAAAAAAAAUCUCUAUAUCUCUAUAUCACACCCCAGUUUCAGAGAAACUGCUAUGUUUACACUGAGGGUUAAUCCAGCCUCUAGUGGCUCUCAUUGUUUAUAAAUAGGUUAAUCCAGCGUCUAGUGGCUGUCUCUUGACAGCCGCUAGAGGCGCUUGCGUGCUUCUCACUGUUAACUUCAGUGAGAAGGCGCAAGCGUCUAUAGGAAAGCAUGAAUGUUUUCUUAUGAGACUUGCUGAAUGCGCGUGCAGCUCUUGCCGCGCAUUCAGCCAAAGAGGAGGUUCGUUUAACCCCUUCCUCUCCCCAGAGCCUGGCGGGAGGGGGACCCUGAGGGUAGGGGCACCCUCAGGGCACUAUAGUGCCAGGAAAAAGUGUUUUCCUGGCACUAUAGUGGUCCUUUAAGCAAAAGUAUCGGACAAGCUAUCAGAGUAGGAAGAGGCUUCACCAGCCAAGAGCCUCUCUAAGUUCUGCUCUAUGGUGAACUUUUGCCCCAACAUAUGUAUUGGGUAUUUAUGGGCUUUAUGAAAGAUCAAACUACUACUGUGAAUUCAGUGAUCCCUGGUUAGACCUCUAGCUGCAGAUAUAUUAAAAAAAAAAAAAAAUAAAAUAAAUUCUCACUCGAAAUAGUUGUCGAACUAUCCAAAUUUAUCCAACCUUUGACAGCUGUUAUAGGCUGAUCUCUUUAGGUUAUGGGCAUUAAUCUGCUGACUUCUAUUUAAUAAGAAAACUAAGCAGCAAAUCACUACAUCUAAAUUAAGCAGUUUUGAUGCAAAGAUCCUGCCUUUACCUUUCUGAGAAACUGCUAUAUUUCUAUUUAGACUUUUUUUUUUUUUUUUUUAUCCUCAGUCUUUAAAAAGGUCUGUUUAAUGUCAUCAUACAAAAUAUAAUGAAUCUGAUUUGAUUGUCUGAGUGGUGUGACCCUUCAGUGCCAUACAUGGCAAUAGCUUUUUUUUUGUUGUGGGCGAUUUGGAUCAGAGAAAGAGUAGGGUCUCAUCAGUGGUGGAUUAGGCUGAAAAGUGUAAUUUCCAACUCCUGCAUUACAGGUAAAUCAAAUGCAUAUGCAUCACUUUGAGAGUCUCAUACAAAAGCAUUUGCUGGAGGGCCGGGAACAAGCAGGUUAUUUUUGAAAAUAUAUUUACAUGCCUUUUCUUUCUUAUGCUUUCCACACAAACUCCAGGGGCAACAUGAACUUGCAAAUUGGUGUCCUAUCCCUAGGAAUGCUGAAAAAGUCUAUUUGCAUGCCUGACAGAUUUACAAAUGUGCAGUUGUACAACCUCUUCAACUUGCCACAUCUCAUGGAGAGAAGAGAAUUCAGUGUGAUUAUGCAGAGCAGGUUCUGGUUUCAGAUUUCUCUUGCCUACUGCUGCACAAUGCCAUGGUUCUGUCACUAGUAGCGUGAUCUAAAACUAAGGGGGGGGGGGGGGGCAAUAAUGCAAUUUGACAAAGUUUAUUAUGGUCAAUUUAUAUAUUUUCAAAAAAUGUCUUGCUUUGAGUUUUCUACAAUAAGCAUGCUUGACUUGAAUACGAUAGUCAAAGACCGAUAUUCCUGACCCUACAGUGUUAAAAUUGCUUUCUUGUCCUUUCUCUCCCGCCACUCCCCCUCCCUCCUUUUGCAGGCCAUUAACUCCUAAAGGACUUGAAGGAAUACGAUAGUCAAAGACUGAUAUUUCUGACCCUAUAGUGUUAAAAUUGCUUUAUUGUCUCUUCUCUAAGCGUUUCUGUAUGUUGCUGGCAGAGGUGUAGCUCCACCUUCGGACUCCACUAGCCAGCCCAGAACGAAAGAUCCAGUCUGGCUCGUGUGAAUUCUGUGCAUAAUGUUCACAGAAGUUCAUUCAUUGGCUAAAAUCGCCCCACUGACUGUCAGCCAAUGCAUGCCCAAUAGGAUCUGAAUCUACAGAUGUCUGAUGUUCGUUUCCUAGUUUUAGCAGAGGUUUUGCGUCUGAUGGAUUUUGUAAGAGGGUGAACCAUUGCAGAAUACUAUUCCCUAAUAAUAGGGUAAAUAGCUGAUGUACUUCUGGCAUCAUAACCAUUAAAGCUGACUGAAGUGGUUAUGCUGCUCGUGGUAACCAUUUAAAUUGUAAGCUGCAGACCGUGACAAGGGAGCUUCUUAUGCCAUAAUCCAAGGCUAUUAUGGUUGCCACAAUCACUCUUACCUUGGCCAUAUUGCUGAAUGACCGCCACACCAUUUACUAUUAUUACAGACUUGUGUGGACUGUUAACAAUUUCAACUUGCUGACUGUAUUUAGAGAAUGUUUGUUUAUUUUACAUAUAUUGUUGGAAGCCUUGCCCUUGGACAUUUUUUUUUGUUUUUAAUACCCUGUAACGCUGCCUUUUGUUGGCGCCCUGCCAAUUUCAAAGCAGUUAGUGCUUAUGCUGCAUUUACAUUUUUGUAUCUUGCAUGAGAUGAGUAUUAGCAGGAGCCAGGUAUCAUUAUGCAUAUUUUAGUUUUUCAGUUUUUAGAGGACACCUAUUUUGCUGAUAGCCAGCAUGUUUUGAAUAUUUGAGCAUCAUCACUUUUAAUACUUCAACCUUUUCUAUGUUCUUUAAUUGUUUGGUUUUUGCCCUAUUGUCAAGUGACACUGAAAUAGUAUGCUUUUUGUUCUAGUGCUAUAAAGAUGCAUGGAACUGUUUUCCCUAAUUUAUAGAACGGCCUGUAUGUCGCACCACGUUUUGCAUCUUUUUCUUGAGCAGUUGGGGGAAACUUGUGAAAACAAUAACUUAAUCCCUUGGGAUUAUAUUAAAAAUGAAGAAAAAUUGCAAAUAGUUUCAAUUUAAAGGGAAAGCAUUGGAUUGGCUAAAAUUGGCACUGGGGUGGGGCCAAAUGCUGUUUUGGCCCAUCAGGACCUCCUCAUAGAGGAGUUGUACCACUUACUGGUCUGAUUAAAGUAUUUACAUAACUUCUUUUUCUAGUGUGCUCUUUUUGAUAUAUUCAGUAUUUGUUGGGUACUUGAGGGAGUACCUGUGAGUAAAUAGCACCUAAUGGUAUUUUGUUUAUAUGUUCUCUCCAUAUGGAGUUAUUGUUACUGGGUUAUAUAACUGACAUACAAUUGAGCUCAUAAUACUCUACCUUUAUUUUUGGAUGGAUUCAGAACAAAUUCUAAUUCUUUGUCAUCUUAGAUACUCACAAAUUACAUGUGGUUUUUUUUAUCUUUUUGUAAAAAAAAAAUUUUUUUUUUUUUUUUUAUCUCCUAUCCAAAACCUUCUCCAGGCAAAGAGGCGGCUGGAACUUGGAGAUGGAAGUCACCCAUAUCUCUCUGAAGGCUUAAAGACACCCAAAGGGAAAGGAAGAGCAAGUGGACUGUGUCCAGACAGUCCAAAAAGUAAGUAUUUUAAGGGAAAUGGGUGUACAUUAAAUUAUCAGGCUAGUAUUUUAUGGCUCAAACCUAGACCCCCAUUUUUAUUUUUUUUUAUGGCAAUGUUAGAACAUUUUUGUUAUGUACACAUGGAUCCACACGUGCAAGUUCCUGGGUGAACAGGGAAGCUGUGUUGCAACCAAGCAGAUAUUUAAAGACACUUGUGUCACCAGAACCACUACAGCUUAAAGGGACACUAAUCACCUGAACAACUACAGCUUAAUGUAGUUGUUCAGGUGAGAUCUAUAGCUCCCUGAAGGCAAUCUAAUGUAAACACUGUAUUUUCAGUAAAUACAAAAGAGGGGGUUAAGGGCUGCACUAAUAGUAAAUAAUAAACAAAACAACAAAUAAUAAAACCAGAUAUAAUCAAUAGACAAAGUUCGUCCAGAAAUAAAUUGAAACAGUCUCCCUGAUAUGUGAUAAGAUAAUAGUCCUCAGGUGUUGAUCCGUCCGUAUGGUGGCAGUCCAUAUAUGUGGAAAUAAAAAACAAAGAAAGCUUCCAAUGGUGAAAUAUUGUACGUCCAAAUGUGAUGUAUAAAUCAAGAGAAAGGUAUUUUACUCACAUUUGUUGGCGCUUGAACCAGCUCUAGGAGAAGAGGCAUUUAGUGGUUUGAUCCCCACUAUCGGAUACACUUGAGUGGUGGGUCCGUCUGUCCGGCUUAGGAUUUCCUUGGUGUAGGCUGGGACCUACUCAGAUGUACGUAGUUCUUUGGUGCUGGGGAGAUAGGUCCGCCUCUCCAAUUUUGGAUAAUGGGUAUCUUCGAAAUAUAUAAAACAGCAGAUAGUGCUCUCAGUUUGAACAAUAAAACAAUUUUAUAAAAAGUUAUACUUACAAGAAUAGAGCAGGCAGAUACUGCUCUAUUACCACAGCGCUGGUGGAGUUAUCCCCACCUAAAGGAUUUCUUUGGACGGGAUACACUUGAGGAUUAAAAUUAAAAAAUUAUAUUUUGUAUAAAAUAAAAGGAUAAAAAAUAAAAUAAAUUUUUUAAAAAAAAUAAUAGGAUAUGAGAGUGCCAGGAGUAGUUAGUGUAUAAAAUGCAAUAAAAAUAAGUAUAUAAAAUUGGUCCUAGUAUAAAAGGUAACCAAAAAUAACUUAUUGAUUUUAAAAUACAAUUAUUAAAACUAUUUGCGCGUUUCACCUAUGAGGUUUUUUCAAAAUGGUAAAAGAACAAUACACCUGGCAGAAAACCGAAUUUAUAAGUACAUACAGAGAUUGAAUUUGGCGCCAAAUUUUAGUGCACCAAUCAUAUUCAAGAAUUAAAACCGAACAAAAAAUACAAUUAAAAAUGAGUUAAAAACCAUGUGGGUACAAUGGUCUAAGCCUAAUUAGGCGUAGGUAGUACUAAUUUUAUUAAAACGAAGCUUUUGAAGAGAUUUAAUUCAAGUUGUUCCCGAUCACGUGAUCGGGACGUGCUGCGCAUCCGCGGACCGUCUAAAUAGGCGGAUCACUUAGUAAUGUAAACAGAGGGCUCAGUGGCCGGCAUGGGAGUGCAAUGCUCCAUGGGAAAUGGAGUCCUGCUGGUCACUGAGCUCCCAAUGAUUAAAAACCACAGAGUGAAAACAUUUUAAGAGAAAACAAAGAGGAUUUAGUUUAAAAUCACAGUAAAAGGACAUGGAAGGUUCCACUGAUUUAACAUAAGGGUGUUAAAUGAACAUAUAAGCUGCAUAUUGCAAUAAGAAUAAUAAUAAAGAUAUAAAUGAAAAUAUAUGCUUAUAUUUUCAUUUAUAUCUUUAUUAUUAUUCUUAUUGCAAUAUGCAGCUUAUAUGUUCAUUUAACACCCUUAUGUUAAGUCAGUGGAACCUUCCAUGUCCUUUUACUGUGAUUUUAAACUAAAUCCUCUUUGUUUUCUCUUAAAAUGUUUUCACUCUGUGGUUUUUAAUCAUUGGGAGCUCAGUGACCGGCAGGACUCCAUUUCCCAUGGAGCAUUGCGCUCCCAUGCCGGCCACUGAGCCCUCUGUUUACAUUACUAAGUGAUCCGCCUAUUUAGACGGUCCGCGCAUGCGCAGCACGUCCCGAUCACGUGAUCGGGAACAACUUGAAUUAAAUCUCUUCAAAAGCUUUGUUUUAAUAAAAUUAGUACUACCUACGCCUAAUUAGGCUUAGUCCAUUGUACCCACGUGGUUUUUAACUCAUUUUUAAUUGUAUUUUUUGUUCGGUUUUAAUUCUUGAAUAUGAUUGGUGCACUAAAAUUUGGCGCCAAAUUCAAUCUCUGUAUGUACUUAUAAACUCUGUUUUCUGCCAGGUGUAUUGUUCUUUUACCAUUUUGAAAAAACCUCAUAGGUGAAACGUGUAAAUAGUUUUAAUAAUUGUAUUUUAAAUCAAUAAGUUAUUUUUGGUUACCUUUUAUACUAGGACCAAUUUUAUACUUAUUUUUAUUGCAUUUUAUACACUUUAACUACUCCUGGCACUCUCAUAUAUCCUAUUUUUAAAGUUUAGUUUAUUUUAUUUUGUAUCCUUUUUUAUACAAAAUAUAAUUUUUUAAAUUUUAAUCCUCAAGUGUAUCCCGUCCAAAGAAAUCCUUAGGUGGGGAUAAUUCCACCAGCGCUGUGGUAAUAGAGCAGUAUCUGCCUGCUCUAUUCUUGUAAGUAUAACUUAUUUUAUAAAACUGUUUUAUUGUUCAAACUGAGAGCACUAUCUGCUGUUUUUAUAUAUUUCGUGGAUACCCAUUAUCCAAAAUUGGAGAGGCGGACCUAUCUCCCCAGCACCAAAGAACUACGUACAUCUGAGUAGGUCCCAGCCUACACCAAGGAAAUCUUAAGCCGGACAGACGGACCCACCACUCAAGUGUAUCCGACAGUGGGGAUCAAACCACUAAGUGCCUCUUCUCCUAGAGCUGGUUCAAGCUCCAACAAAUGUGAGUGAAAAACCUUUCUCUUGAUUUAUACAUCACAUUUGGACGUACAAUAUUUCACCAUUGGAAGCUCUCUUUUCUUUUCUUUUUUUUAUUUUUUUUAUUUCCACAUAUAUGGACUAUCUGCCACCAUACGGACGGAUCAACACCUGAGGACUAUUAUCUUAUCACAUAUCAGUGAGACUGUUUCAAUUUGUUUCUGGAUGAACUUUGUCUAUUGAUUAUAUCUGGUUUUAUUUGUUGUCUUUAUUUACUAUCUAUUAGCGCAGCCCUUAACCCCCUCUUUUGUAUUUCCUGUCUCUUAAAGGGUUUCUUGAGGGAUUCCCUUUUAGGGUUGCUGCUUUUUUGGUUUAGCGCAGACACUUCCCCCCUCUCUGUUUUACUGUAUUUUCAGUGUUUACAUUGAUGGGAAUACCUCCAGUGGCCAUCACUCAGACGGCUAUCAGAGGGAGUUCCUAUCAUGUAGGGCCUUAAAAAGGCUGACGUGUGCAGGAGAGAGAAGGCACUGUGUGUGUGCGCCUUCUCUCUCCUGCCUCUCAGCAGAGGAGAGGGGGCGGGCAAAGAUCGCGAGCUGAGCUGUCAGCUCGCGCAUGUGCGGUAGUGCACUCAGGACUUCAGAGGGAGGCACAAAUGCCGCCCUAUGAAGUAUGUGUGGCAAAACCGCGCAUGCGCACAAGGGAGCAAUGACUCUUCCAAAUGAAAGCGUCUGAUUGCUCCCUGCUUGCGCCCAUUUCGUCACUUUGACGAAAUAGGGGGCACGGCUUCACAAGGCUUUUGGCGCUGGAACCAGGUGAGUAAAAAAGCUGCCUGGAGAGUCCCUUUAAUGUAGUGGUUCUGGUGUCUAUAACAUGUCCCUGCAGGCUUUUCAAUAUAAAUGCUUUUUUUAAAGAAAAGGCGUGUUAACAUUGUUGCAUAGUAUCACCACUAGUGGAAGUCACUCAGCCAUUAGACAUGCUUCCUAUUUCGGUGCAGCACUUAUGGAGACACUGAAUCCUUUUCUUUGGGAAAACAUUGGAUGGGUUUAGAUCACCUAGAUUGAUUUCAGCCAUGGAGGCGGAGCCAGCUGCAGCAUGUCACUGAUAUUACUGGGGAAAAGGUAAAUAAAGCUCACUUUCAUACCUAAACAUUGAACAGGUAACUAUAGUGUUAGAAAUACAAAUGAAUGCGGGUAACUUCAUUUUGGUAUGACACGAAAGUUGCUAGCUAUGUUAACUAGUGUUUUGGAUUUUAGUUUUUCUGUAUAAACGGCAUAAACUGAUUUUAAACUCUUAACACUCCUGUUUAAUGGCUUGGACUUCUUUGGCAGCAACUGUAUGUUCCAAAGCAGGUUUAUGCCUGUUGCAAAUUACCUGGAUCAUGCAGUUAAUAUUUCGUUACUGUUGGCAUGGAGAAACUGUGCAUCUUUCCAUGAUGUCUGCAGUUUGCCCUUCUGUGGGAUAUAUUUUACUAGUGCAUUGUGGGUAGAUAUUAAAGGACAACUGUAAUCAUUCUUUUUAUUUUUUAUAUUUAGCUUAAUGGAAUUUGUAUUAGAUCGCGUAUUGAAUUGUUUUGAGAACACUUCACUCUUUAUAUGACUGGGCUGACAUGUUGUGUCAGACUAGUUGUCAGGUAUGUGCAAUUUCUAUCUCAAGGGACAUAAAUUCCAGUCUGAGCAGUUUUAAUAUUUAGUCCUGCUCUGGGCUAUAAAGACUUUGACCGAGUGACUGAAUUCCUUGGAGGUCUUACUUUAUAGCGGAGACCAAGCUGCCGUCCUUCACUCUGGCUACACUUUGUGGUGGAGGCUUUGUGAAGAAGGAUGGACAUGCAGCAUAUCUGCUCCCUGAGUGGCUGGUCCGAUAAGAGCAAUAUGGAGCACACCCACUAUUUGUGGCCUAUAAUGCCCUUAUGAUUCUGUUUAGAAGUUUUUGGGUUUUUUUUGGAGGCGGUAAAAUCUCUAUAUAGAGGAAAUUUUACAACCUUUGGUCCCCGUUUUGAAAGUGUUCUUUCAUGAUUCACUAAAGUAAGAAUAGCUAGAAACCAAAGUGAAUUUCAGCUUUAAAGUGGAUAGAAUCUUUAUGAAAUACUCGUAUUGGCUCUGUUGGGGUUUCACUGGAAUUCCAACACAGUCCAGAGAGAUACUGAGACAAAAUAGACUCUCUAGACACUGGGCGUAGUUACCACUGUCUAGCAGUGUCAAUCCCCAGCUGUUACCAGUCUUGCGGGUUCUUCCAUAGUCCUCAAUACUGUAGUUUCACACAUGCACAAAAACACAGCAGUCACAUCUGCUCCUGGCGCUGAUAUGCAGUGUCCCAAAAUGGUGACCAUGUCACUUUAAGGCCAAAAUAGGCAUAGUGAAAACAGAAUUGGUUUUUAUUUUAUUUUUUCUACAUUUUCGAUUUUACAAUUAAUUCCUGGCAAUUCUAACUUUACGGAAUAAUCCUGCUAGGUCUGUUAUUCUCAAUAAUGCAAAUGAUUCCCUUUUUUUUAGUCCAAAUAAGUGCAACUUGGGAUAGCAAUGAAUAGGCUGUGAGUGCCUCCUUGUCAGUCUCAACCAAUCCUAUGGGGAAGCACUGUGAUUGGAUCAUCACUUCUGAUGUUAGCAGACAGCGUGCUUUUCAUAGGAAAACUGCAUGCAGAGCUUCAGGCUUGAAUACAAGUAAGAUUUAUAUAUUUAGGGAGGCUAGAUGGUGGUUUUAACACUAUAGGGAUAGGCAUACAUGUUUGUGUUCCUGACCCUAUAGUGUUCCUUUAAUGUAUGCAAGUAAGCAGAAGAAUUCACUUCUAUUUACACUUUAAAAAAAAAAAAUACACCUCUUUCAUAUUAAAUACUCCGACACUUAUUAUAUAUCAUUUUAUUCAGGGGAAACAGGGCUUUCAUUUAAUAUCAAAUAUUUAGCUAUGAAACAUAAUUUAAUAUGAAAAAAAAUGGGAGAAAAUAAGAUUUUUUUUAUUUUUAUUUUUUUUAGUUCUACAUGACAUUUUAACGGUCAAUGUCACAAUACUGUUUGCUUUUACUGCAAUAAAAUACACAUUUGUAUUCAGCAAAGUAUCACGUGUAAAACAGUACCCCCUAUGUAGGUUUUAUGGCGUUUUGGGAAGUUACAGGGUCAAAUAUAGCACAUUACAUUUGAAAUUGAAAUUCACCAGAUUGGUUACGUUGCCUUUGGGACUUUAUAGUAGCCCAGGAAUGAAAUUUACACCCAUAAUGGCAUACCAUUUGCAAUAGUAGACAACCCAAGGUAUUGCAAAUGGGGUAUGUCCAGUCUUUUUUUAGUAGCCAUUUGGUCACAAACACUGGCCAAAGUUAGCGUUCGUAUUUGUUUGUGUUUGAAAAAUGCAAAAAAUGGCAAUUUUGGCCAGUGUUUGUGACUAAGUGGCUACUAAAAAAGACUGGACAUACCGCGUUUGCAAUGCUUUGGGUUGUCUACUAUUGCAAAUGGUAUGCCAUCAUAGGGGUAAUUUUCAUUCUUGAUAUAGACAGUGGAACCAGCGCUUAUAUAUAAAAGUGAAUAUUAAAUACAAAUAUAACUUAUAAUAUUAAAUAGCUGCUAAACAUUCAUAGAUUCCUAUUAACUUAAACACACAAAACAAAUUAGGAAUGUAGCGCUUAUAAAUAAAAUAAUAAAUUAAUCACCUUUGCAAUUUUGGGGUAAAAUGUCACUGGAAAUCAGCAAGGAAAAUUGUAAGCGAAGAGCUAUCGACUUAGCUCUAGUUUUAAUAGCUUCUGGGUCUAUACAGGUGACCCCAAACCCUUCUCACAGUAUGUUCCUGAGGUAAGUGUAGAGUCAAAAUAAUUGACUCAAUUUCUUAGCGUUGUGCAAAUUCGGGACUGCACUCCCCAUACAAUGAAACGAUAUCCGGUUUGAAGAAGCCACGUCGGUAGUGGCGAAACGCGUCCCGGUAUUUUUAAGCACAUUGUGGCUAUUUUAUGAGUGUAUUAAAUAAAUAAUUGCUUUUAUUUUCGAAUGAUCCUGGUUCCCGAUAUCGUUUCAUUGUAUGGGGAGUGCAGUCCCGAAUUUGCACAACGCUAAGAAAUUGAGUCAAUUAUUUUGACUCUACACUUACCUCAGGAACAUACUGUGAGAAGGGUUUGGGGUCACCUGUAUAGACCCAGAAGCUAUUAAAACUAGAGCUAAGUCGAUAGCUCUUCGCUUACAAUUUUCCUUGCUGAUUUCCAGUGACAUUUUACCCCAAAAUUGCAAAGGUGAUUUAUUAUUUUAUUUAUAAGCGCUACAUUCCUAAUUUGUUUUGUGAAUUUUCAUUCUUGGGCUACCAUAGGGUCUCAAAGGCAACGUACCCCAUGCUGAGUGUGAGGCCCUGACACAUUGAAAUGCGUCUGGGUAUUAUUGUAGCUGAGGGAUGUUCACCAAGGGUGUUUGAAUUAAAUUGCCUGCUGUAUGGGGACAUGCCGGAUGGGGUGCCAAGCAGGCAGUCUUCCUAGUCUUUUAGCCCUGCUGUAGGUUUGAUUGGGAGCGAUUGGUGUCGUGGAUGGACUAGCUCAUCUAGAAAUGAUCAUUAGGCAACUGUAGUAUAAGGCCAGCUAGAGACCGCAGUAGUUUGUAAAGUAUGGGGAGUUGUGAAAAACAGCAGCUGCUCCUCAUAAUGUGCAAAGUUGAAGGCUGCCAGGAUACAGCAUAGCGUCAUCCCAACGGCCAAUAAUCAUGCAUGAACGAAAUAGAAGUGAAAGUGACAGGCUAGAAUUGUCCUGCUUUGUUAAAAGUACCCAUACUUAAUUUGCAGUUAAUAAAAUAUAUAUUACAAGGAAUUUGAUAACCACAUGACUACAGAAAUUCUUCGCUGGGAAUAGACUCACUGGCAGAAACUGCAAUGUUUACAACCACAUAGAAAUGGUGUUGGCACCAAAACCACUAAAUUAAAGGGUUACUCCAACCCCUUGUUUUGAUUGGGUUCCUCUUCUUCUCUAAUGCCAAAUAGAUAUCUUCUUUUAGAGGGAUUCAGCACGUCUAUCUUAUAGAGAAGCCUAUGUUUAGGCCAUCUGACUGGCUUAGAGCACAUGUGUGCACUCUGAGCCGGUGUGGGGAGGGAAUGGAAGUAGGGAAGGCGAGAGAGGUAAAAAUUUGUCACAUCGGAUAGGUGUCAUGGAAUAUUGUAGUUUGGGAAGGAGAGGAGACAUAGGCUUUUAUUUUUCUAUAAAAAUGAUCAAUUUCAAGGGUACAGGAAGAAAAAGGGGAAUCGGGUACAAGUAAAAUUGAAAUACAUAAACGUACGUAUGUAAAAUUUGUUGGACAGGAAAUGUUUAUUGUAAAAUCUGAACUGCUCUUUGAAGCCAAAAAGUAUAUUGCUGUAAUCGUUGAUCUGGGUGAUGUAGUCUAUAUGGCCAGCUCUUCUAAUGCUGUCAUUGCAGGCCCUACAUAAAAACUCCUAAUUAUCUCCCGCACCUUUUGGUAAUGUGUGAAUUGUAGACCGUUUAAUGGUGCACACUCCCUAUUGCUCAAGAUAAAUGUGCACUUUGCUUCUAUGACAGGUUUAAUCCAGGAGAUUAUGUAUCUCAUGGAUAUUCCAAAUCUCCCCUAAUACUACUGCGCGUCUGUCUUGUUUACGCAUAGCUAGAUAUUUUCAAAUUUGCGCUAGCAUGUCUGUUCUGUUUCAUAAUCCUUUUGGCUUUAACCUGUAUGAAGUAGGGUGAGCAUAGGACAGUCUGAAAAAUGAUUUGGGUCGAAUUAGAUUGAUCUUGCUGUGUAGAGCAUAUGUAGUCAUAAUACACCAAACCUACAUUUUGAAGAAAAUUACAGACUUUAUCAAAGACUGGCGGCUUACUUUGCAAUUUUUUUUUUUAUUUUUUUUUGCUUGACAUGUUGUAACACUGCAGCAUAAACCUAAUUUAACUUUUUAAUUGAUAAGGUUGUUCAGAACAAUGGAUAUGCAAGUCGGUGAUCUUCAUUGUAGGAAUAUUGCGUGCACUUGCGUAUAUAUAUUUCUGAACUAUUUUUUUAUGAUUACUUAACUGCUUGUGUCAAAGGUCACAAGGUGUGGUAACUUUUUUUUUUUUUUAUUAUUUCUUCCACUUUGGAAAGUGUAUAAUAUGCAGAAACGUCAAUAGUCUUGUAGAGGGUAUGAAGAUGUUUUAUGGUGUGCUGCAUGUUGGUGUGAAUUGGUGACUAGUAAAAUCUUGCUAUUUAUAUGAUGAGUGACUGUGUAUGCAUGAGCCAGUUUAACAUCUUGAGUGUAUAACAAACGUGUUACUAAACUCAGGGUUUAACCCUCUGACAUGCAACGGGUUACAUUUUGUCUAGCAAAAUUUCUAGGAAACCUGAUAAGCUGCAAUUAUAAUGUUUACAUUCAAUUAUUUGAUUUCAAAUUUAAGGCCAAAUUACCAGGACGACUGGAAUUAUAGCCAAGCUGCAUAUUUUCUCCAGUUUUGGCUCGUGGUUUUAAAAACAAAAAAACACUCUGGCACUUUCGCAAUGUCAUGGUGCAGAAAAGUCCUGUGUGCUUGCUUAUUUAAACUGGUUAAACUGUUAAUGGGGGCUGGUCCGGUGCUUCUUGCAUAUAAACAAAGUAACUAUUCCCAGACCAGUUCAUGAAGUUGUUUAUUUCAUAGGACUGUUAUAUCAAUUCUUGUGUUUAAUUUUGUUAUCCUCCUGCCUUUCCUUGAUUUAGUACACCACAUGCUCCCCUUAAAGGAUCACUAUAGGCACCCAGACCACUAAGCUGAAGUGGUCUGGAUGCCAGGUCCAGCUAGGGUGUGUGUGUGUGUGUUUUUUUUUAAUUAUUAUUAUAAAUGGGUUAAUCCAGCCUCUAGUGGCUCUCUUGACAGCCGCUAGAGGCGCUUGCAUGCUUCUCACUGUGAAAAUCAGUGAGAAGACGCCAGCGUUCAUAGGAAAGCAUUGUGAAUGCUCUCCUAUGGACUGGCUGAAUGCGCCCGCAGCUCUUGCCGUGCAUGCGCAUUCAGCCGGAGAGGAGUAGGAGGAGAGCUCCCCACCUGGCACUGGAGAAAGAGGUCAUUUUAACCCCUUCCUCUCCCCAGAGCCCAGCGGGAGUGGGACCCUGACAAGUGUUUUCCUGGCACUAUAGUGGUCCUUUAAAGGGAUUCUCUAAUGCCAGGAAAACAAACUAGUUUUCCUGGCACUAGAUUCAUGGAGUGCACCUGUCCCUCCUGCCCCCUAUCCCACUUACCCGAAUCCAACGCCGAUGUCCCUCGGCGCUGGUUCAGGCGGCUCCUCCGCCGGUGGGGGAGACCUAAUGCGCACGCGCGGUAAUGGCCGCGCACUCAUUAGACCUCCCCAUAGGAAAGCAUUAUUCAGUGCUUUCCUAUGGGGAUUCAAGCAACGCUGGAGGUCCUCCUGCAUAGCGUGGGGACAUCCAGCAUCGUUUAGACUACCGGAAGUCCCUCUAGUGGCUGUCUGGUAGACAGCCACUACAGGAGGAUUUAACCCAGCAAGGUAAUUAUUGCAGUUUAUAAAAACUGCAAUGAUUACACUUGCAGGGUUAAGGGUAAUGGGAUUUGGCACCCAAAGCACUCCAAUCGGCUGAAGUGGUCUGAGUGCCUACAGUGUCCCUUACAUACGUUUUACUCUGUAGAUUGGUGUGUGUUUUAUUUUAACUUCAGGAAAUAUCACUUGUUAAAUAUUUUGUGUAUGUUGGUGCUUAAAAAAAUGGCAUGUUGACUUAUGACUUCUGAUAUCAAAGUAAACUUGAGAGCCUUUUUAUUUUGAGUUUUUUUGGACUCAAUUAGAAUUUCUAAAUGUUCUGUUAACCUGCAGCAAUUUUCUAAAAACAAUUUAUCAUGUAAAAUGCAGUUUUUUUUGCUACUUAAAUGUAUGUUUGUGUGUGUAUAUGCAUGCCAUGCAAUACUCCAUGCCCUGUUGUAUACUGGAAUGGUGUUUUUGACAAAGCUUGUGUACUUGUGUUUUUUUUUUUCCCAGCACCAAAGUCUCCAAUAGAAAAGACUCGAUAUGACACCUCACUUGGUCUACUGACAAAGAAGUUCAUUCAGUUGCUCAGUCAGUCGUCUGAUGGAGUUGUUGAUCUAAACAGAGCAGCUGAAGUUCUCAAUGUUCAGAAAAGAAGAAUUUAUGAUAUCACUAAUGUGUUGGAAGGCAUACAUCUUAUUAAAAAGAAGUCCAAAAACAACAUCCAGUGGAUGUAAGUGUCUUAAAUGACUGGUUUAUUUUUUUGGAUCAGUGAGAUACAUUUUAAGCAGUUUUGCAGAGAAAGUUAUGCAUAUAUUGCUUUGUUGUAAAAAUAAUGGGUUACUAUGGUGCAAUUUUAAGAAGCUCUGUGGAACAUGCACUGCCAUGCUGAUUAGUAAAUUAUGGAUCCCUGCAGACCUCAUUGGAACACACAAAGGCACACUAUAGGCAUUCAGACCACUUCAUCUCAUUGAAGUGGCCUGGGUGCAGUGUCCUUGUCACUUUAACCCUGUAGCUGCAAACAUUGCAUGUUUACAUUGCGGGUUAUGCCUGACUCUAGUGGCUCUUUAGAGAUGGAGAUUGAGUUGAGGCUGUGAUUGGCACAGUCCUGCUUGCUGGAUUAUCCUGCAAAGAGAUAGUGGAAGCAGGGAAUGAAGCAGUGCAUGGCCCCAGGUAAGUGUAAACUACUAAAAAUAAAAUGGUUUGACAUAUUUACACUGGGAGGGUUCCUAGGCACUCCUGGCAAAAUAAUCAUUACAAUGGGCUGUAGUGGUUAUAAUGCUGGAGGUAUUCCUCUUAAUAAUCUGAAGAUACUGUUUAUUUGUUUUGUGUCAUGGUAGAAAUGACAGUGUGGUUUGAGUAACUUUAAUACCUGGUAAGUUGCUUAGGACCUCGUAUGUUGCACCCUAUUACGUCAGGGGGCUAGCAACAAAGCUAAAAUACAGCUUUAAUAGUAUCUCCAAGAAUCAUUCUCCAUUGUCACAGCUAGUACUCUUCCUCCUCAGUAAUAUUACUUGUUUCUUUUUUUAACUCCUUUUAAAGAGACGCUGCAGGCACCCAGACCACUUCAGCUCAUUAAAGUGGUCUGGGUGCCAACUCCCAUCACCCUUAACCCUGCAAAUGUUAUUACUGCAAUAUUUACCUUGCAGAGUUAGGUUCACCUCUAGUGGCUGUCUAUUUCCGGCUUCUUAGACUACUUUUGGUCGUCUAAACGACGCUGGAUGUCCUCGCCCUAUGCAUGAGGACUUCCAGCAUCGCCGGAAUCCCCAUAUUAAAGCAUAGAAUAAUGCUUCCCUAUAGGGAGGUCUAAUGUGUGCAUGGCCAUUGCCGCGCAUGCAGAUUAGGUCUCCCUGGCCGGCGGGGACAGAAUGUGGGCGUAGCCUGCCGCAGCCUCGAGGAUCAUCUGUGAUGGAUUCAGGUAAGUGUCUGAAGGGGUUUUAACCCCUUCAUGGACGUGGGAGGGGGGCACUCCAGGAUUCUCUACUGCCUGGAAAAUGGGUUGGUUUUCCUGGCACUGCAGAGGCCUUUUAAUUGUGAGGCAAUGGAAAAAAAGGUGCAUCUAGAACUGAGCCUCUGCUACUUGCAAAACCUCCAUGACUGUGCGCUUCCAUCCAACAUUACAUAUUGAGAGAUGUGUAUUGUUCAAGCUCCUUCGCAUGUGUGUGCUAGAUGGGCUGACAUUUAAAUUGAGAUCUUCAUAAUGUUUAGGCAAUCUUGAAUGUGUCUCACAACCCUUUAAACACCACAUACACGGAUCAUGCUACUCAAUCACAAGUGUAAAUUCUGAGCCCUGUUACUAUAGGGCACAUCCAUCAAGCAGGAAAUUUUACAUAGUAAAGGUUUGCAGGAUUUAAUAACAUAAUGUUAUGCAUCAUUCAAUUUUUUUGUACAUGCUGCUGGCCAAACGUUUAUAAAUCCAAACAAUCUAAAUUGAUGGGUGAAAAGAUAAAACUUAAAAUCAAACAUCCACUACUAACACUCCAUGUUAAGUGACUUUAAUGAUAAUGCUUUGAGGAGCAGUGAGAUAGCAUUCAAAGUAAUGUGCAGAGAAAUAUAAACCGAAAUUUAACUUCUAGUUUUGCUACAAAGGUGGUAGAUUAAGAAUGCAAUUUAAAGAAGCUCUGUGAAAUAUGUGCUGUCAUCCUGAGUAGCAGAGACUGGAUUCCUGCAGGCCUCAUUGGAUUAAUACCCAAGGCAUUUACUUAGGGGUAUAGCUUUCCAAAUUUGCUGCAUCGUGUUUAAAGGAAUUUCUAGUCUAUAUGUAGUGUGGAGAGAUACUGUAUGUUUUAACAAAUCUUGACUGCUGGUCAUGCUAGAUCUCUGCUCCAUAUUUCUCAAAACAUAACUCUAGAAAAUGCAGAAAAGGAAAAGCGAUCUGUUCAUACAUGAAUAAUUUGUAUAGUUUGAGUUGUUUCUAUUGAAAUGUUUAAAUAUUAUUUAAUCUUUAUUUCAGGGGCUGUAGCUUGCCUGAUGAUGGUGGAAACAUGGCUCGAUUUCAAGGACUUUCCAAGGAACUCUUGGAUCUUACCCAAGAGGAGAACAAACUUGAUGAAUUAAUACAAAACUGUACCUUAGACCUAAAACAUUUGACAGAAGACACUGAGAAUCAAAGAUAUCCUUUGUGUCUUGGCUAUAUUGUCUGUUUAUCUAUAAAAUAUUUUACCAGGAAGGAUACAUUGAGAUUUCUCUCGUUUUCAAGUAUGUCCUUGUCAUAUAUGGUGUGCCAAUACCGGUUUUCAAUCUAUCUGGACCUUUCUUGGAAAACCUUUGGAUCCAAAGCGUUAAUCUCCAGAAAUGUUGUGUAUCUAAUUGGAUGAUCUACACUGAGUCUUGAUACUGUCUUUGCUGGAAAGUCAUAUUGGGGACAGGAGGAGGGGAGGGUGUUAUGCCCACUGACUUAUUUUUCUUCUCAGAGUUCAUAAUGGGUUCCAUGGUUUUUCAAAUUGACAAACUGAAAUUUGCUUUUGUGGAUGUGAUCAAUUCCUGAACUUGCAAAAUGGCACAAGAGCACAGCUAGUAAUCUUGAUUAAUCUAAUAAGUACGUGUGACUUGGUAGCACUGUUGGAAUAGUCUUAGCCUUAACGAGAGCUUUUUGUUGGAUUUCCUUAAAUAUUGUUUGGAGGAGGGGGUUUGUGCAAGUUUUAACUCUGGAAGGUGUGCCAUGGGUCCCAUUGCCUGAGAGGCCCCUUAGUGCUGUUUGCCUUCAGUAUCUAUCAUAGUGACAGAUGGACUGUUGCUAUCAAUGUUUUUUUUUUUUCUCAUCUUCCCUUCUCUCUCCAUUGGCAUAGUAGGUAAACACUACAAACAUGGAGUGAGUCAUUUGAAGGCAGUAUGUGCUGCUGCCCUGCUGGUUUUCAGUGCUAAUAUUACAGCAAGUGAACCAGUGGUGGAUAACUUUUAGAUUUGAUGUAGCGUAGGACUUGCUGUUUUGAACCCUGUUUAUUACUGCAGCAGUCACAGUGUAGUGGUUAUGAUACAAAGUUAAUGUGCUUCCUCUACACUUUAUUUCCACCACUCAAAGACUUCUUCCACUUCAUCCAUCUUGGUAUGCCAUAAAUGUAUUGUCAAGCCUGGAUGACCGUGGGAAGCUGGGUUUUUAGGUUUUUUUUUUAUUUUUAUGUAGAUUUUCCAAAGUUUUGACAGUAAUAGAGGUUAACAGAAGUUCAGAGGUACAUGCAUAUGUGUAACAGUGAGCAAACUGUUUGCAGUAAUAUCUUGCAUUUCUGCUUUUUAAAGGGAAACUAUAGUUUUCCUGGCACUACAGAUUUCCCCUCUGUCAAGGCCCCCUCCUGCAGCCCUUCAGUCACAUACCUGUGUCCAGCGCUGGUUUAGUUCUGUCCACGCUUCUCCCCCGCUGAUGUCAGCCAGCGGUGGAGACCUGAUGCGCAUGCGCUGCAAUGGCCAUGCUCUCAUUAGAAUCUCGCUGCAGCAAAAUGACGCGGGAGGUCCUCAUGCAGAGCUUGGGGAUGUCCAGCGUCAGAUAAUAGACCAAAAGUCAGUUUCAGUUCCAGAAGUCCCUCUAGUGGAUGUCUGGUAGACAGCCACUAAAGGAGGAAUUAGCCCUCAGAGGUAAUGAAUGCGGUUUAUGAAAGCUGCAAUAAUUACCACUGCAGGGUUAAAGGGACACUAUAGUCACCAGAACUACAGCUUAUUGAAUUUGUUCUGGUGAGUAGAAUCAUUACCUUCAGGCUUUUUGCUGUAAACACUGUCUCUUCAGAGAAAAUGCAGUGUUUACAUUACCGCCUAGUGAUAACUUCACUGGCCACUCCUCAGAUGGCUGUUAGAGAUCCUUCCUGGGUCAUGGCUGCCUAAAAAUGCAUCCAAACAUUCAGUCUCUCCUUUCCUCAGAGAUUCAUUGAUUUAAUUCAUCUCUAUGACGAGAUGCAGAUUGGCUAGGGCUGUGUUUGAAUCAUGCUGGCUCUGCCUCCUUGUCAGUCUCCGCCAUUCCUAUUGGCAAACAUUGUGAUUGGAUUAGGCUACCACUUCUGAUGUUAGCAGACUGUUUUUCUGAGACUAACAGCAUGCAGAGUUACAGCUUAAAGCUUGAAUGCAUGGGGGGCUAGUUGGUGCUUUUAACACUAUCGGGUCAGGAAUAAAUGUGUUUUCCUGACCCUAUAGUGAUCCUUUAAGAGUGAUGGGAGUUUGCACCCAGACCACUUCAAUGAGCUAAAGUGGUCUGGGUGCCUACAAUGUCCCUUUAAGCCAAACCAGAAACUUAGAGUAGACACUGUAACUUUUAUUGGGUAUUGUGAGCCAAGCAAGUAGCCUGUGUGGUUAAUUAUCAGUAGCUGUGCAUGCCCCAACGUCUAAGUCUGUUCAUUGGAUAUGGAGAGGCAUGUGAUGGGCAUAUUCAUGCACCAAACCAUUCAUGAGGUUAUAAAAAAAGCGGGGGGGGGGAGGGGGGGAGAGAGAGUGGAUGGUAUAUUUGGUUUGACUUCUCAGUGUUUUGAGGGGAAGCCCAGACCCUCACAACCCCCCAGUAACAUCUACCGUCCUGAGUUCCGCAUCUCUGUAAGAGACAGACAAAUUCUGGCCGAGGAAACCAGGUUGUGUCGGAGGUACCUUUAAAGGCCUAGAAGCAUUUUAUGAAGCUGUUUGUCAAAAUGCCAUCAGGUUCCUUACAAAUGUAUUUUGCUAUGUCAACAUAGCAUGUGCAAUUAGACCACAGAUAUAUUCUGGCUUGGUAUUGCAUUGUGCAAAGCAAACAAUGUUCUGUCUCUACAUGGAUUUGAGAUUAUUUUUGCAGCUAGAAAAUGUAGUCUGGAUUAGAAGACCUGAAACUCACUUAUACAGCUUUAAUACAUGCAGGAAGUGAAUUUUGAAUUGCACUUUUACACCAGCCUUUCUGAAAAACUGUUAUAUUCUUUGGACUGUACUCAUUGUUAAGGACUACAUGACUGUCUAUGCUCUCAUGCAGUGAAGGACUUUUACUGCAUGACGGUCUGUGCCUUCAUUUAACAUUAAAGUAUUAGCAGGGGUUAAAUGCCUGCUGGUACCAAGUAUCAGCUGGGGCUAAACGAACAGAUGAGGUUUAAGCUCUGCUCAUAGUUAUUUAAAUAUUUCCAAUUAUUUUUCCCCCUCUUCUCACGCCUGGCACAGUGUCCCCCAUGUUGCAGGGUGAACUACAAAGUGCUACAGGAUUGGUGCUAGUCUCUGCCAGCUAUCCAGCACCCAUUUUUGUGCUGCAAUCGUAGCACAGCCCUCUGUACUGUUUCAGCUAGGAAAUCAUUCUGCUGGUUUAAGUACUGACAUCAGCAGAGAAAAAUCCUUUGAGAGGUGGAGUUAGUACUGGGAUUUUAGGAAAGAUUAGGGGUAGAAUUGGUAUAACAUGGAUAUUUAGAGUAUCGUACUCUUACAGUAGCAGAAUGCAAGUAUGGUGUAUUUGGCCCUAGGGGUCACCUGUGGCCUGUGAAUUUCCCCAAAAUACAAAAUGGAACAAAAAAUAACUAAUUUGGCCUAGGGUUGUGAUAUAAUUGUUAAAUGAGAAGUGGCAAAACAUUGGGUUACAUUGCCUGGAGGAUAGUUUCUAUAAAUAUACUUUUGCUUAUGGGGUCUUCUAUUUAAAUUUUAUGACUAAAAUUAAAGUUGUAAUCUCAACAUCAUGCUAAAUUUUGGAGGAAGAGUAUUUUUCUUGGCUGCUCUCUUUGCAAACCCUCCCCUUAUAACCUCACCCAGACUUUGUGGCUGUCCAAUUACAGACUUCCCAACGCAGCUCAAUGAAAAGUCAUUGCAAGUCAGGUGCUCUGGGCAAUUGCUGCCUCGAGUUUAGCUCCACUGAGCUGAAUUACAAGGAUCGGUUCGUCUGACAACCAGGGAUUGAAACAAUGUUAAUUUAUAAUAUUGACAAUUUUAUAUUUAAUUAUGCACUCUGUAAAAGGGAAGGACACAUUCUUUACACACAGAGCAUUUCACCAAGCUGAAGUGCUUUAGGAGUGGAGUGUCCCCCUGGAAUGUCAUUUUAUUUAAAAAAAAAAUUCUCACCCUGUUCGCUUUAAAUGAAACUACUCAUCUAGUUUAUUGAAUCCUUCCAGUGGAUACUAUUGGUUUAGACAGGCAUGCUGCUGCUGUACAUGUUCAUAUUUCAUAAACGCAAAUUAUAAAAUUUGCUUCCCCUCUUUAGUAUUGCUUCAUAUGUACAUUAAUGCCACAGUGAUGUAAUUUCUAGUUAGAAAGGCUGCCAGAAAUUGCCAAGAGAUGGGGUACUGACAAUUACAACUGAGUUUUGAACAAGUUCACUGGCUCUUAAUGGUUUUUUUUAAUAUGUAGAUUUAGUAAUCUGGGUCUAUGGCGUUUAUGCAGCGUCCUUCAAAGGAGGUGUAAUAUGCAUACUAGAUUUCUUUGUAUUUAAUUUUUAUUAUUGAAAUUGCUAUAGGCUCAAGAUGCAGAUUCUAUUUGCACCAACCACCAAAAUCAUAACAGGUGACAUUUCCAUCUGUUUGGUUCUAACUGUAGUAAUACUUUUUAUGUGUUUUGAUUUGAUUGUUUCCUUAACUUUCAUCACAUUGGCUUAUGUAACCUACCAAGACAUUCGCAAAAUCAAUGGCCUUAAGGAACAAACCGUUAUUGUAGUAAGAGCCCCUCCUGAAACCAGACUUGAAGUGCCUGAUCCAGAUGAGGUAAUAUUUAGUUCUAACCAGCUGCCAAACAUUAGUCAACCCACUAUUUUCUUGCUCUUUCCGUGAGGAAUGUUUCCUGUAAGUCCUCUCUCCACAUUGUCUGUUAUUUAUUCCCAGUAAAUAUGCUUUCAGCUUUUACUGAUUUUAUAAAGUAAAUGAAGUGUGGUUCUCAAUGCAUUUAUACAGAACAUGUUACAACUUCAUAAGUAUAGAUCUACAAUAAGUCUGUUUGCUUGCUCUCUAUAGAAAAUGUCCAAAUACUUGUCUAGUCUAAUUGUGCAUUCUGUUUGUCCUGGAUCUUGCAGAGUUUGCAGAUACAUUUAACUAGCAGUCAAGGUGCCAUUGAAGUCUACUUAUGUCCUGAUGCUUCUGAAUCAAGCAGUCCGGUAAAGCAAAGUAAUCCAGACCUUAAUGGAAAUAUUGCAAAGACUAAUUCCAAAGGUAAUAUGAACUACUUAACUGUAAAAUGAAGUACAUAUAAGAUUUAAUCUUAAGAGGUGUGGUUAGUUUUUAUCUGGUCCUUUUUAAUAACUGUCUUGGUCAAUCAGAGAAAUGUCAAUCAGUGAUAUUACUUUCUGAUGAUUGGGUACAAAUAAAAGUAGUCUGCAUAAAUGUGCCAAAAUCCUAAAUUUGGUAGAUUUAAUAUCUUGGAAAACAUCUACAGACCCUUUGGGACUUUCCCUAACAUCUAAAAAAAUAUAUUCCGAGAAGAGCAUUUUUGUUCUGUAGAGUGUCAAGCUAAUGAGCUACGCUUUAAAGGGAUCCUAUAGUGCCAAGAAAACAAAGUAGGUUUCCUGGGACUAUAGGGUUAAUAGGUUGCACCCUUCUGCAGGACUGAAGGGGUUAAAACAACCCCAGCCACUUACCUGAAUCCAGCGCCAAAGUGGUGCUGGGUCAGGCUCCGCCCACACUCCUCCACGCGCCACAUUAGGCUUCCCCCAUAGGAAAGCAUUAUUCAAUGAUUUCCUAUGCAGAGCGUGAGCAUGUCAAACGUCUGAUAAGGGACCAAAAGUCAGGUUGGAUUCCGGAAGAGCCCCCAGUGGCUGUCUGGUAGACAACCACUGAGGGCAGACUUGGAACUGCAAUGUUUUACAGUGCAGCACUUGGUGCAAAAGGGACUCUGCACCCAGACCACUUCAGUAAGGGGCCGGACUAUAGUUUGGGGGGGAAAAUUAACGAAUUCCUUUACAUACUGAAACACAUACUGACAGACAUAUACAUACACAUACUGACCUACAUAGACAAAUAUACACAGACAGGCGUGCGCAGGCUGGCACGCACUGAUAUAUAUGCUGACAUACAAACAGCUAAUCUUUCUUUCCUGUUUUUUGCAGGAGGGUGGCUGAUGGGAGUUGGCGUGGUUCUCGCAGCCUGUCUCUAUUCCCUAACCGCAGGGAGGAAGUGACCAGCCAUCAUUUCCUCCCAGCACUACUUGCGACUGCAAUUUUUUUAUUUUUUUUUUAAAGGGACCCGGUCGCGCUGUUGCACAGCUGCUGCGCUGACUGAGCCCCUGAAGAUAUAGGGCCCAUCGGGUGACCCUAAAUGCUUGGGCCACAUGAUGGACCCUAUCAGCGUGCGGGACCCACUAUUGUGGCUAGACAGCGGCGGGUCCUGCAAUUGCCGGGUGGCCCGUAGUUUGAGGACCCCUGCUUUAAAGUAACAUUCUUCCCUCAAAACUACUUAAAUUAGUUUUUAGGGAAGAGAGGCCCUUAAAACUGUUCGCGUGAGGGUAUGUUUGGUUGAAUCCGUGUGUGUGUGUGUGUGUGUGUGUAUCAAUCACAGGUUUAUAAGUUCAUAUAUAAAGCAAUGGUUCAUAGUAAAUUAGAUUGUUAAAAUUCAAAGGGAUAAUGCUAAAAAGUGCACAUUUAGGAAUCCUAGGUAGAGUUUACAAGAUGCUGAGUUUUAGGAUUGCGUGCUGUUCCAAAAUACCAGUAUUUGGGGUGGAAAUAAUGGUAUCUUAAAAGUAAGUAUGCUUGUGGUUUGGAGUCACUCGAUGCAGCAUACCUAUGAGAUUGCUUUCGGGUAAAUUAUAAUGAAGCCACCCAAGAUAUUUUGUCCACUGUGAUCCAUAUUUUAUAACUAUAGGGAUCUCCUUUUAUUCCGAUUGGUGUGGUUUACUGAGAUUUGGCCAGACAUCAGAGGUGCUGAUUAUACUGUGAUUUGGUGCUGGCCAUCUGGCAAAGACCUGCAACAAUCUCAAUAAUUGGGUCUCUGCUUACACCAGAACUUUAGGACUGCAUUUAAGCCUAAGGUUUGGAUGAUGUAACUGCACAUCCCAAUGUUUAAGGGGUUAAGAAAGCAUAUGUUAUGUUUUCAGGGAUAUACUGGUUGUCUGAAUUAAUCUAUACACUCAAGGCAAUUUGAAGAGUGACUUUUUUUUCCUGGUUCAGACUUGCAUAACUGGUUCUUGUACAAUUUUGGAGGGGAAAUGGUGGUGGGUGGAAAAAGAUUGACUCUAGGUUUGUAUGCUUUGCCAAAGCCUAUACAUUUGGAAUACAAACAGGAAUUUGGGAGGCAUGAAAGUAGUAGUAAUGUAUUUUGGAGGUCUAAUUAGGCAUUUAGUGACCAGAGGUCCAUUGGUAAAAGUGUUUAUUGGGAGGAAAAGGGAUUCUUUAGCCUCUGAUUAUCAGAAUAUUUGAAUGUUCAUGUUCAGUAUGCCUUCCUACUCCCUGUGAUAACAUUGCACCAAACACUUUAACUGUAAAUGCAUAAAGUAAUGGAAUUGUUAUAAUAAUUUGGAAUGUGUAAUGUCUAGCAAUAACAGUGUAUACAACAUAUGCUCUAAGGUGGUAAAGAAAAGUGAAUUAAAUAGUGGAGGCAUGAAAAUUGUAUUUGUUUUGGUCAAUGUAAUAUCCUUUCAGGACCAGGAGAUAAAGGACCACUAUAGUGCCAGGAAAACAAACUUGUUUUCCUGGCACUAUAGUGUUAACAGGUCCCCCCACCUUCAUGGCCCGCCUGCUCAAGAGGGGUUAUGAGGUUAAACACUUAUCUUUCUCCAGCGCUGGGGACUCUCCUCCCUCUUCCGACGUCAUGCGCAGCAAGAGCCACGUGCGCCUUCAAUCAGUCCAUAGGAAAGCAUUUCUCAAUGCUUUCCUAUGGACGGCAGGAUCUUCUCGCUGUGAAAGUCAGUGAGACCGCCACUAGAGGCUGAAUUAACUCUGCAAUGUAAACCUAGCAGUUUCUCUGAAACUGCUAUGUUUACCGCUGCAGGGUUAACCCUAGAUGGACCUGACACCCAGACUACUUCAUUGAGCUGAAGUGGUCUGGGUGCCUAUAGUGGUCCUUUAAGGAAAUUAAUAUUAGGGCAUGUCAUUUGCUGUAAGUUAUAACUGUACUCUAAAUCCACCAAUUUUCCAUGCCAAGCUUCUUGCAAGGCGUUUGCCAGUUAGAUUAUGAGUAAGUACUACUUGACUAUUUUGUAUUCCAGUUUUAAAAUUAAAUGUCAUUUCAUGAUUUUCUUUUCCUCUCAAUUAUGCAGAUACUUUGUCUCCUAAUGUGGGUAAUUUAAAUUGCUCGGUGAUGGGCAUUUCACCUUUAACAUCCCCAAGUAACCUCCUUCAGCAGACAGAGGACCAAAUACCUUUGAAUCUGGAUAGCCCCUUUGUAAACCUGCUUCCUCCUCUCAUGCAUGAAGACUAUCUGCUAAGUCUUGGAGAAGAGGAAGGGAUCAGUGAUCUAUUUGAUGUCUAUGAAUUAGAGAAGCUACCAUCCUUGGAGGACUUCAUGUGCAGCUGAUUGUUAGACUUGAUUUUUUUUUUUUCUGCAGACCUUUUGGUUUGUCUUGAGUACCUUCCAUAUGGGACCCGAUAUACUUGAGAAUGUCACAUCUCGACACUUUCAUCUCUUCCUUUCCUGAGCCCUUCCAACAAUGACUGCAGCUUCAUGAAAUGAAUGCUACUACAGCUGCAGAAACUGCAAUGACCUGAACAAACUGGUCCUCGAGGCUAUGCAAGAUUUAUAGGAUGAUUCAUUGACUGGGUUUGUCCAAGGCACAAAUUUGCACCAUGUGUAAUAUUCUUCAAUAAUAGCAGUUUUUGAUCUAUAGGCCAUGGUCUGGUGAAGCCUGUGAAUGACAUGAAGUGUCAACCUGUGCCUUCCUAUGUAUUUCAUUAUCCCACCCUUCUCUCUUGUGGAGAUAGCCACAAUAAAUGUGAACUGUCAUUUUGGAGAUGCUGUGUCUAUAUUUUGUUUUGUUUUUUUGUUGUGUUUUUUUUUUUGUUUUGGCUUUUACAACCUAUAAUUAUUUUAUAGCAUUAAUUGUUACUUGUGUAAAGGACAACUUCAGACACCAUCUGAGGUCUCCAGAUUUUUUAUUUUCUGCCUUUUUUUGAUGGUUGCUAAUUGGGUCAUUAAGGUUGGAUGUUACCUUGCAUUUGAGGUUUGGCACUAUUUAUUUAAAGACUUUGAUAGGCAAAUUCCUCAGUUUACAAUGCCCUCUAGUAUUUUUGUGCUUUAAGCUGGUUUGAAGUGCCUGCAACUGCAUAACCUAUUUUUAGUAAUUAUCUUCAAAACCUUAAAUCUAAAUAUAAGGUUCCCUUUUAUCACUUGUAUUCCAAGGCUGACAUUUUGACAAUGCAGUUUUUUACAUUAUGCUGUUUUUACGUUUUUAUUUUUGUCUGAAACACAAUCGCAGGUGAUCAGAUAUCAAAUCUCUCUAGUUUAUUUCAAAAUAAGUUUUGUAACGCACUUCUGCAUUUAUACUUUAAGAUUUAGUGAUGCGUUUACUUUCCUCUUUGACAUUUCAGAUCUCGAUAUAAAAACUUUAUGGAAGAAAGUCAUUUUAAAUAUUUGUUCCAAUCAGAACUACAAUUUUACCAGGAAAGUACAUUAAGAUUUUAUUAAUGUUUUCAAAAUAUGGCUUGUGAUAUAGAAACCUUUCCAACUAGUUGGAUGGAGGCCAAUGCUUGGCUGCAUCAAUGCAUGUUUAUCAGUCCUAUAUCAAUUUCAGAGUGAAGUGGAGAUUCUUACAGCACCAAGGCUUGCUGACCAGAUCUCUGGGUAGAGUUAAAGCUUGUAUUUGAAAAACUGGAUUUUAAUAAUUAAAUUCCUACAUAUCAUCUUGCAAAAAGCAAAUCUUAUUUAUAAAGUUUAACUGCCCCCUUUCUCCUCCCAAAACGUUUCAUAUGUGACCAAAAGGAAGCCAUAAGUGAACUGAUGGUAGUUCUAUUCCCAGGUAGUUCUAUUAACCCAAAAAAAAUUGCUCUAGGCAACAGUUUGACAUUCUAGAUGUGAACAAUGGCUUGCAUAAUGCUCAUUCAGUUAAUUUGGAGUGCCAAAGUGUGCCUGCCACCUGUUAACGCUGAGCAAAUUAGAUUUUGUGUGGAAUUUUAUUUUUGUCGUCCCAGCAGACACUCUGCAAAAUGCUGUCAACAUUUGAUGUUUUACAUAUAAAUACAAUGUCAACACUUUGGCCAGUGUCAUGUUGGCAAACUGUUGACUCAAAUACCCAAGUCCGAUUUAAUUACCUUUUGUGGAAAUUUGAAGGAGUACUGCGACUUGCCUUACUUGAAAUUAACAUAGCUGUUUUGUGUACCAUCAAGUGAAAGGGUGUUUUUUUUUUUUCCUUUCAUAUGGUAUGUGUCUCAGAUUAAAGAUGCCUGCAUCAAGACGAAUGUUAGCAAUAAAGACUACAUAUUACAAAUGGACUUGCAUCAAAAGAUGUAUUGUAAUGUUUAAUGACCUGUCACUUGGAAAAUGUUUUGCCAAACACGUUUUACAGCAGCUCUUUAAGCUAUACAUAAUCUUGCUUAGUAUAGUAGAUUUGUAUAAAUGCUUUUUAAUUUCAUAUGCCAAUGCAUUAUUUAUACCUUGGCUGCAUCAUUGAAAAUGAUGUGUGCAGCUUUUGGUACUAUUUGGGUUGCUGCUAUUUGGGUCUUUACAAAUGGGUGGGAGAGGACUUUAAUGACUUAAACUUGCCUAUUUAAAAUUAAACGUGAUGCCUAAAAGGUUAACUAUUGUUAACAGUGUUAAGUAUAUUUUGUAUGCCCUGUUUUUGUCUGUCUUCGAUUGGGAGAAAAUGAGUUUGGUGUAUUUUACAUGGGAAAGGGCAGACUCUUUUUUUAAUUAAAUUAAAAAUGUCUUAUUUAAUAGUCUUGCAGACCAUAACUGGAUGGAACCUGUGUUAGAAAAAUAUAGGGUGGUAUUUUAUUUUAGCUGAACUUUUAUUCCCAGAAAAAAAAUGUAUUUGGAAUCUUUUGCUCUGAGGUGUAUCAAUUUACUGGGGUGGGUAAACCAAGCUUUGAUUAAAUUAUUUUUGUGUGAUUUUUAGAUGAAACCGAAGUGUAAAAUAAUGUAAAAAAAAAGCUUUUAAAUGCCAUUUGUAAAUACACAUAGAAUUACCUGUAAUUUAGCUAUGUUACCACUUUUGAUGUUCUUUAAAUACAUCUUUUUGUAAAGUAAUCAAUAAAUGAUUUUUCUAAUGCCUUUGUAAAUGAUGUGUUGGUAUUAAAAACACAUUUGUCUGGUCUAAGAACUAAUCUCACAUGCCAUGUAUAACUUUUGGAACCCCCUCCCCAUUCAGUCACCUGUUUUUAGGCAUGAUUUGAGCAAAUUGAGUGUAGUGUAAAUAGCCCAGUUCAAUUUUUUUUUAAACAAUUUUUUUACUCAGUCCAUAUCUGAUAAGGGCCUGCAAGAUUUGUUUGACCAUCCUUUAAAGCAAUUCAGUCUCAUAAAAAGGGUGGUCACUGUAGUUAUAAACAUAUUGGUUAUAGCCAGAAAAUUGUUGCAUGUUUUAUGCUGCAUGGUUAGUCUAGGGAUUUUGCCUAAUUUGCCAGUACCCGCACAGUGACAUCACCACUGGAGGGGGCAGGAAAAGGGGAGUUCUACUUACCUCAACCUGUCCCUUGUGGGUGACUACAUCCUCUUCCGCUCCUGGCACUUCAACUCAAGGAGCCAACGUCACUGCUAAAUGCAUGUGAGUAUAGCAUGCAGGUCUAUGGAGAACAUUGUAGGAUCGUCAAUAGAGCCAAUUCCUUGCAGGUGUCACUGAUGACAGCUCGGGGAUUGACACUUGACGGCAUUACCUAUGCCCAAUGUCAAAUUUAGGAAAAU